AUGACGGGCGCGGAGGGACGCGCGCGGACGAUCGACGUCGAUGGGACGUUCGCGGGAGAGGGGGAGGACAUGAUCGCGGCGCUGAUCGCGGCGAGCGCGAAUCCGGCGACGAGGGGGGGCGCGGGAAGGGGCGAGGGGACGACGCGAGGGUUCGAGAAGGACGGCGACGUGGUCAAGGCGAAGCGAUCGUUCGAGCGAGAGUUGGUGCCGUUUGAUUUCGAGGACGGGACGAGCGCGGUCGAUGCGGUGGUGCGCGAGACGAACGUCGAGGUCGAGGCGAAGCCGAGGGAGAGGAAGAUGACGGCGGUGCCGACGCCGAAGGUUCGCGGGAACGAGGAGCCGACGAAGGCGAAGACGAAGGAACGGAGACCGAAACCGAAAGCGGUGCCGGCGCCGAAAACGGUGGGUUUAAUCGAUCCGAGAGUGCGAGCGAAUCAAGUGUGUGAACCUCAACAGCCGGCGCUGACGCCGGAGCAGCAAGCCGCGGUGUUGGCGGCGGAUGGAAGCGGGAAGAAGUCGAAGGGCAAGGUGAAAACCGCGACGAACGACGAACGUUGGGCGCAGGCGUCUUUUCAAAACGCGCCGGCGGCGGAUCAGUUACCGAUGCCAUCGUUUUUGAAAGAUAUAGCGCCGACCAACUCGCCGCGCGUGGCGUCUUCGAGCGCUCCGCCGCGACUGGACGUCGCGACGCCGCGCCCUCAAGCGAGCGCGGCGGGAUUGAAAAACUUACUCGGGGUGAAGCCUGCGGCCGCGCCGCAGCAAGCCAAGGGACACGCGUUGUUCAACAACAUUUUGAACAGCGCCAACGGUGACGCGCAUCCGUCGCCACCGCCGAUGAUGGCGCCGUCUCAUUACGCGGCGCCGCCGCCGCCGCAAGGCGUGCAGCAAAAACUCAAUACGCUCUUCGGAGUGCAACCCCAACCCGCUCAGCCGUUUCCCGUCGCGCCUCCUUACCCGACGGCGCCGGAGACUAGUGGUGGUAGUUUUCAGACGCUCAUGGCCAAGCUCAACGCCGGUCGAGUGUGA